CACGCUCCCCAGCGGACUGCAAUGUGACAGUUUUAAGUGUCCAAAUGCUUCAGCUGCUGAAAUGCAGCGGAUACCAACCGACUCCCUCAGGCAAACCGAAAUGGAUGGGACUAACAACAAUAACAACAGCAACAAACAAAAAGCACCGCUCAAACCGAAGGAACCGCUCAGGAACCAGCGCAGAGAAUCAGAGGGUUCAGUGGAAUCGACAAACUUAGAAUUUGAAUAUGGUGAUACUGACAGCAUGUCUGCUGAACUUUCAGAACUCUACAGUUACACAGAAGAACCAGAAUUUGCUUUAAAUAGAGACUGCUUUGAGGAAGAUUUCAGAUCGCAAGUACAAAACAGAAGAUGGAUAGACUUAGACACUGCAGCUCAGAAGACCUACAUAAUGAGGCUAUUGGAUGCAUUGGAAGUUACCAACAGGGAGAAAAGGUUGAAAGUGUCAAGAGCCAUUCUUUAUCUAGCGCAAGGUGUAUUCGCCGAAUGUGAUACUGAGAUGGAGGCUCUGUACUGGUCUCGUCAUAAUAUUUUCCUUCUGUACAACAUGGGGACCUUCACUGCUCUCUUAGAGCUGCUCAGCAUGGAAAUAGAAAACAACCAGGCCUGCAGCAGUGCCUUAAGGAAGCCAGCCAUUUCCCUUGCAGACAGCACUGAACUUAGAGUGAUGUUGAGCAUCAUGUAUUUGAUUGUAGAAACCAUUCGUUUAGAGUGUGAAGAAGAUACAGAGGAGUGGAAAUCUGCAAGAGAGACUUUUAAGACAGAUCUGGGUUCUCCGGUUUAUAAUGGUGAGCCUUUUGCUGUUCUGCUGUUCAGUAUGGUUACAAAAUUCUGCAGCAUGAAUGCCCCUCAUUUUCCCAUGAAGAAAGUUCUUCUCUUGCUCUGGAAGACUGUCCUAUUUACUUUGGGUGGCUUUGAAGAUCUUCAGAAGUUAAAGAUGAAACAGAGGGAGAUCUUGGGUCUUCCACCUCUCCCUGAAGAUAGCAUCAAAGUGGUGAGAAGUAUGAGAGCUGCUUCACCACCUGCUUCAGCUAUGGAGCUUAUUGAGCAACAGCAGCAGCAGCAGAAGAGAGGGCGUCGUAGUCGCAGGAUGGCCUUUACUGAUAGUCUGGAGGGAGAGAAUCCAUUUUCAAGCAAACAGCCUUUGGUGAAGCAAGACAGUUUGGACACAUACAAUGAGCGUGACCCUUUCAAAAAUGAUGAUAUUCGUGAUGAUGAGGAGGACAGUGAGGAUACAGACAGUGGAAUAGAAGGAGAGGUGGAUCCUCUCGACAGAGAUGUCAUCAUUCAGCCUCCACCACCACCUCCACCACUUAAACCUCUGGCAGAAAGAAUAUCUUUUCCGAAGGGACUUCCCUGGGCACCAAAAGUAAGAGAAAAAGACAUAGAGCAAUUUCUGGAAACAAGCAGAAAUAAAUUUAUUGGCUUCACUCUUGGAAAUGAUACAGAGACUCUGGUAGGAUUGCCAAGGCCCAUUCAUGAAAGUGUGAAAACUUUAAAGCAGCACAAAUACAUAUCAAUUGCAGAAGUUCAGAUCAAAAGGGAGAAUGAGCUGCAAGAGUGUCCAAUGACAUUGGGAGAGGAGGAAAUUGAAGAGACUCCCACAGAAAUCCUGUAUCAGGGAAUGCUGCCUAACUUAUCUCAGUAUGUGAUUGCUCUGCUAAAACUUCUGCUUGCUGCUGCUCCUACCUCAAAGGCAAAGACUGAUUCCAUCAAUAUCCUGGCUGAUGUACUUCCAGAGGAGAUGCCAAUAACAGUCCUACAGAGUAUGAAGCUGGGAAUUGAUGUAAAUAGACACAAGGAAAUUAUUGUCAAGGCCAUAUCUGCACUUCUCCUAUUGCUGCUGAAGCAUUUUAAGCUUAACCACAUCUAUCAGUUUGAAUAUGUAUCUCAGCACUUGGUAUUUGCUAACUGUAUACCUUUAAUCCUGAAAUUCUUCAAUCAGAACAUAAUGUCAUACAUCAGUGCCAAAAACAGUAUCUCUAUUCUGGAUUACCCAUACUGUGUGGUUCAUCAGUUACCAGAGUUAACAGCAGAAAGCUUGGAAGUAGGAGACAAUAAUCAAUUUUGCUGGCGAAACCUCUUCUCCUGCAUUAACUUACUACGCAUUCUUAAUAAGCUGACAAAAUGGAAACAUUCAAGAACAAUGAUGCUAGUGGUCUUUAAGUCUGCACCAAUCCUUAAAAGAGCCUUAAAGGCAAAGCAAGCAAUGAUGCAGCUUUAUGUUCUGAAACUUCUAAAAAUACAAACUAAAUACCUUGGGCGCCAGUGGAGAAAAAGUAACAUGAAGACCAUGUCUGCAAUCUACCAAAAAGUACGCCACCGUCUCAAUGAUGACUGGGCAUAUGGAAAUGAUAUUGAUGCCCGCCCUUGGGAUUUCCAGGCAGAAGAAUGUGCUUUGAGAGAGAGUAUUGAGAAGUUUAACAAUCGAAGAUAUGAUAAAAACCAAAAGACUGAGUUCACACCAGUUGACAACUGCCUUCAGAGUGUAUUGGGACAGAAAACUGACCUUCCUGAGGACUUUCAUUAUAGUUAUGAAAUGUGGCUGGAGCGAGAAGUAUUCUCCCAGCCAAUCAAGUGGGAAGAACUCCUAGAGACAGAAUAGUUAGACCUUCAGCAUUACUUUCAUCAGCAGCUCCUAUAGCUAAACCCUGUGGCAUUUUUUAUAGCUUUGCAUGCCUGAAUUGCCUCUAGAGAUAACACUUAUCAAAUACAUUACUAUCAUUGCAUGAUAAAAGAAAACAUACCACUUUUAUCCAUAUUUUUCCUACACUUUCAUUACUACUUUCACUUCUCUUUUAAUCGUCCAUUUUUAUUCCUUCAUAGUGUGACUGUGUGCAAAAAGAUUUUUCUAGGUAAAUGUGAUAACCAGGUAUAAUAUUUACACAUUCACAGCAUCAGAUUUUAAAUAUCAGUGCCAUACAGUUAGACUGUCACAUCAGAAAACCAGUAUUAAUUGUGUUUUUGGGAUGGUAGUAUUUUAAACAUACAUGAAUAGUGAAAACAGAUUGGCCCAAAAUGAAGAUUCAAUUGUGUCAAAAAGCCAAAGCCUCAUAAACUAUACAGUAUAGAUUUUUGCUAUCUUUUUAUUCAGUUUUUAAAGCAGUACAAUAACAUUUAUAUUGUUUAUACAAUAUUCAUUGCUAUGCGUAUUUUUACUCCUUUUGCUUUUUCCCGUUCUUCCUUAAAUCUGCUUUUUCCAAAAAUGGUAUAUUAAGGAAAAAACAAAAGAGAAAUGUCUAAGACCUGAAACUGCCCAGAGAUUAAAAGUGUACAGUUGUUCAGUAUCUAUGACAGGCUGCUAUAUUUUGUAAAACAACUGCAUUGAUCUUCAUUGAGUAAACUGAAUAAUUUUAGAUAGUACAGUACAUCACUAAGCAAGUGCAGAUCAGAUUAGAGUACACGUCUCUUCCACAUCACCAAGAUUAGCCUGUGAGCUAAAAUUGACACAAAACAACUGUGUUAGAAUGAUUUUUCAGGAGAGUUUUUAUGAUCCAGGGCAACCCCAAAGAGAGAAGGAAGAGAGUGAGAUUUAAUACAGUGUUGGGGGCCUCUGAUAGCUUAUAGAAAUGGAUAACCAGUAUAAUCUAGUUGAGGAAGGUUGGUGCCUCAUAGGAUUUGUCACAGGUGGUGUCUAAUCUUGAGAAGAGCUUAGAGGACUGAUCUUAGACAUGUUUACAGUGUCAUAUUUUACAUUUUGUCAUUGAACGACUAGAACCACUUGAUUAGGAAUAUAACAUUGGAAGAGGGCUUUACACUUCUUAUUAGAAACACAAGAUCUUCCUUCCAACAUUGUUUCAACGAUGGGUUUUUAUUUUCUAAUGAGAUUCUAUUAGAUACUAUUGUAUACUGUAGGCUGCAUAAAGCAUGGAACCAAAGAGAAGUUGAAUAUUAUGGUGGGGGGAGGGCAACAAAGUUUUUAAUAACAAUUAAAUAAAUCAUGCCUAUUCAUUAAAUCCAAAUGAAAAAACAUUUUUUUCCUCAAUAUGACAAAGUCAGUGUUUUAGAUAUUUGUUAUUAUGUAGACAAUCACCUUAGAAAAAUGAAUAUUUAAAAUGCCUUUGCAGUAAUUAGAAACCAAAACACAUUAUAAAUGUAACAACUAAAUUGUUAAGUAAUAUUAUAUUUUUGGGUUACAUUUUUUAUAUUUUACUACUUAAUUAUCUGGAUUAUGUUUUAUUAAUAUCUAUGGAAUUUCAAUCUGCCUGCAAAAGAUGUAUUAGUUUCAUAUAUAUACAGUGGGGGAAAUAGGUAUUUGUUCCCCUCCUGAAUUUGUAAGUUUAUUCACUUAAAAGGAAAUGAACAGUCUCGAAUUUUUAUGGUAGUUUCAUUUUAAUGGGCAGAGCCAGAAUAGCAACCAAAAAUCCAGAAAAAAACACAUUACGUAAAAGUUAUAAAUUGAUUUGCAUGUCAUUGAGUGAAUAAGUAUUUGAUCCCCCUACAACCCAGCCAGAAUUCUGGCACCCACAGAUUGGCUCUGUGCCCAUAUGACACACAGAUUAUAAUCAAUCAAUGUAUUUUUGAUAAGUGUGUGCUAAAUUAGAAGUUAAUACAAGGGCAUGUGUUGUGUUUCACAACUGAUUUCCCAACUUAUUUUCACCUGUGUUAUAAAUUAUCCAGGUAAUUUAGUGAAGGGGAAAUAACAACUUAGAAGUACAUUUUGGUCCUCAAUAGCUUGGACUGGUCAAUGGCUGCUUACUUUGUAUACAAAAACAGACUCAUAUAAUUGCUGAGCUCUCUGUUAGCCUUUCUACUGUAUUAUAAAAUGUAUAAGCUGAAAGGAAAAAAAGCACAAAAUUUUAAUUUUCUACACUUUCAGCUUUCCUGUUUUACUAAGUCAGUAUGCAGAGAAUAGAUAUGCCGCUGUUGCCAAUGAAAAAUAUAACUGAAAGCAGUGUGUAUUACGUUCUCAACAGAAGUCACAACACAAAAGAGUUAAAAAAUAUUCUUAUAGGAAGAACAAGACUGCAUGGUUAGGAAAAAAAAUAUUGUGUCAGAUGUUUCUACAUUUUUUUCAAAAUGUUUUUAAAGUAUUUUUAAAUAAAAUAGAAAAAAUAAUUUACAUGUCUGCCUUCCAGUUUGUGGCAGUGACAUAUAGUGACAUUUAUUCCCUGUUUUAUUGAAAGUACACAAUACAUUACGAGUCAGGGUUUUUAUUUUUAAUAUCUUUACUACUAAGUUUAAGAGCUUUUUAUAUUAAGAUGUUUGCUUUUAGUGUCAUUUUUAUUUAUUUUUUAUAGCAGACCUGCCUCAUCUGUUAUGCAGUAAUCCAUCUGUAGUUUUUAUAUGUGUAACAAUUGGACUUCUGGCAAAUCAUUCUCUUUGGCCCUGAUUCCUGACAAAUAUUUUACUGUUGAGAUUGUCCAUUAAUAUGCUAUUUUAAGAAGUUUUUGUAUACUAAAAUACUAUAGUAAUUUUUAAUAUUGUAACAUCUAGUAAGUGAAAUUGAUGCAUAUAAUGACUCCAUAUUAAAUCUUUUUGAUUUCCUUUUAGAAAUUGAAAUACAGAGAUUUUAAUGUUGUAAUUAUUUUACAUUUACAUUUGUUCCAACACAGUAUGCUGCAGUUUAAAGUAAGUUCAAUAUAUUGUUCUAGCAAUAGUAAUGGCAAAAUUGAAUCUGUAGUUAAGAUUUUAAAAGGAUUCACUAAAAACGUCAACACAGUUUGAGUGUUAGGAAACUUGUGUUUUGACUUGCUGAACCAUGCAGUUUAUUUUGUUGUGUGCUGUCCUGCUUUUUAUCCUAUUUUGAAGGAUUAAAUGCAGUCCCCAGUCCACAAGGUAGGAAUGCUUCAAAUAAAGUUUUCACAGUGUAACUGCCAUAUAUCCUUAUUUUCUUUUUUAUACACAUCUGUUUGUACAGUUAAGUGUUGUUUCAUUAUGUGCAGUCUUAACGUUAAAAAGAGCAAUAGAAUUAUGCCUUAUGGUGUUGUGAAUUUAUUAUUAAACUUCAUAAUUGCAGCAUAUUUUGUUGGAUUAAGUGCAAUUAUGUUGCAGAAACACGUAUUACCCCUAAUAAAUUAAUCUAAACGAGGCAAUAGGUUGUGCGUGAAAGUAAUUGAGAUGAGCGCUGUAUAACAGCCAAAGUUGAUUUGUGUGAAAGGACCUAUGCCAUUUUACUGUGUGCUUAAUUCACUUUGAUAAGACACAUGCUGGGAAUUCAUUUUUGUAAAUGGUGUGAAGUUUUGCUUGGUUGUUUUCAAUGCGUUGUGUUCUGUAUUUUUAAGUGCAAUUUGUUUUGUAUCUCGUUUUUAAGUGUCUUAUGCGGCGAAUUCAUUUGACGACGCAUUGAUUAAUGUGAAGCUCAUAUUAAAUGGAUUUCGUGCAAUUAUCAAUAAUGUUAUUUUUCUUUACAAAUAAAGUGGUAAAAGUAAA